UUGUUCAAAAAGGCAAAAAAUGGCUAUCCGCCUGCCUCGUAUUACUCAUGCCAAGUUACUUCGUCAAUGGUCUUCAUUGGCUGGAAACCAUAUUCCUAAGGGAUGCUUUGCAGUUUAUGUUGGAGAAAGUGAAAAGAAGAGAUUUGUUGUUCCAAUAUCAUUCUUAAACCACCCAUCAUUUCAACAAUUGCUGAACCAAGCUGAGGAAGAAUUUGGGUUUGAUCAUCCAACGGGUGCCCUUACGAUCCCCUGCAGUGAGGAAUUCUUCGUUGAUCUCACCUCUCAGUUGAGUUGACCAUGAGAGUUGAGAGUAGCAUAUGUUUGUAGAACACAGUUUUGUAAGGAAGAAUGGUGUAUAUUUCAAAGAGGAUCUUCGGGAGGGAAAUAAUAUAUCCCCAGGAGGAAAUACUACUUGUAAAAAAAGAUGUAACUCAUGACAUUCUUUUACACAUUAAUUUCUAAUAAUUUAC